AUGGGCGGCGUACCAUCGAUGCCGUCCGACCGGACGCGGACUCUCCAGGUCAUCGGCGCCGGAUACUCCAGAACCGGCACCGUAUCCAUGGCACUCGCUCUCGAGAAGCUUCUCGACGGGCCCGUCAUGCACGGCGGCACUCACCUCUUUGGCCGCGAAGACGCGUACCCCAAGUUGUGGUGCGAAAUCUUCCGCCAGCGCAACAACAAGCCGGUGCUGAUGAAGCUCCUGCGCGAGGCCACGGCCGGCUUCGUCGGCCUCACCGACGCACCCGGCACCAUGUUCCUGCCGGAGCUGCUCGAGCUGUACCCCGAAGCCAAGGUGGUGCUCGUCACGCGCGACCCGCACCGCUGGCUUCGGAGCAUGGAGCUCAUCAUGCGCAACAUUGGCAUGAAACCGUGGGUCCUCGAGGCCCUGCUGUUUCCGUGCCCGACCUGGCGCUGGACCCCGACCGUUCUCGGUCAGAUGGGAGAAAAGGAAAGUGAACGACUCGGUAUCAAGCUAGGCCCAGAGUACCUGCCAAAGUACAACGAAUAUGUACGCGCCCACGUCCAGCCGGAGAAGCUGCUCACCAUGGAGCUCAAGGAGGGCUGGGAUCCACUGGCCAAGUUCUUGGACGCGCCGGUGCCCAAGGAGCCGUUUCCGCGCGCCAAUGAUGCGCAGGCAUUUGAAGCGUAUGCGAGGAGGAUCGUUGUCACUGCAGGCCUUGUGUGGACGGGCAUCCUGCUUGCCAUCGGUCUCGCCGUCUGGGGUACGUGGCAGCUGUCGAGGUAG